AGGAGGAUUGGAUAAGGGUGGGAUCGGGAUGUGGGAAUGGAUCAGUGUGGGAUCAGGAUGUGGGUGGGAUAGGCUUGUGAUGGGGGCGGGAUGGGAGUGGGAUUGGAUCAGGGUGGGAUCGGGAUGGGAUCGAAAUGGGAACGGGCUGGGAUCGGGAUGGGAGUGGGAUGUGAGAUGGGUGGGAUCGGGAUGGAAUCGGGAUGGGAGCGGGAUGGGAACGAGGUAGGAACGGGAUGGGAUCGAGAUGGGUGGGAUAGGAUCGGGGUGGGAACGGGAUGGAGGUGGGAGGGGAUCGAGAUGGGAGUGGUCUGGGAGCUGGAUGGUAGCGGGGUGGGAGCGGGAUGGGAUCGGGACGGGAGCGGGAUGAGAGUGGGGAGGAUCAGGAUGGGAGGGGGAUGGGAACGGGAUGGAGCUGGAGUGGGAUGGAAUCGGGGAGGGGCAGAGAUGGGGACGAGGGCAGGAACGGAAUUGGGGUCGGGAGGGGGUAUGUUGGGAUGGGAUCGGUGUGGGAACGGGUUGGGCUUCGAGAUCAGAUCUGGGAAUGUUUCAGACUUCAGGAUCGGGGCUUCAGAUUUGAGUGCGUAGUGAGGGAAGGGUGGGAGGGGGCGAAACGUAAGGAGAAGAAGAAGGGGAAGAAGAAGAAGCGGAAGAAAAGAGAAGAAAACGAGAGGAGAACAAACGAAGAAGAAGAGG